AUGACCACCAAGAUGGUGGUCAUGAUCCCCAUCCGCACUCUCCUCCGGUCCCUUGCUCAAGAGGCGCUUGAAAUAGGUUUAGCGCCAGAUUUCCUCAAGCUGCUUGAGGACGGCGGGGUCACGACGAUGGGAACGCUAGCGUUUAUCUCUCCUUUCCAGGUGGGCCACUCAGAUGAGAAGCCUCUGAUCGACGCCCUCAAGGAGGUGGUCAAGCGUGAACUUACACAGAAGGAGCUCUUCGUGACUCGAAGGCUGUGGUACGAGGCUUCGACGACCGGCAUGGGUGAGCUCAAACAGAAGCCAGUGCGACUGGCCGUCGCAGAGCGAACUACACGGAUCGAAGAGCAACGCAAACGGCUUAAUGGAGUCCACUUCUUAAGCGACAGUGAACCAAGUUACCGAGUGACCGACCUUGUCUUUCAGCAGGGCACUGAUCAGCAGCUCAUCUGGCUGCCUUGGGAGAAGUACACAAGUCGUGCUCAAGAGAUCGUCUCCAACAAGUCGGAUUUGUCUAUCAGCUUCGGCAACAGUGGAAACCUGCGCUUAAACAAGAAGCUCCAGGACGCCCAAUGCUCCUUGACAGGUGAGUUGCAAGUGCGUCAGGCAGUACAGCGCAGAUCUUUGUGUUACGAUCUGGCACAGCUGUGCUCCUUCGCUGUGAUGGAGGCCUAUCAUGAGGAAAUGUUUUCCCUGCUUUCCCGUCCUCCGGUGCCAGGUCGCAUUUGCAUCACGAUGGGACAAGUCAAAGAAGCUGACAAGGUGCAGGUCUGUGUGAUUCCCGGAGCCGCAAACACUGGCAACACCUACCGGAUGGUUGCAAGUUUGCCAAAGACGGCAAGCGCUGCCGCCGUGGCCGACACGUCUGUUGGAGCCGAGUGCGAGGGUCCGCCGUUGCAAACGGGUGACUUCUGCAGCCCCUUCGGUUCGCUCGAGGUUUCAGAUUCCUUGGAUGCAUCGGCGUGCAAGCACGCCACCGCCGUGCAGAACAUUCUUUCAAUUUUCCAUAGUAUCCCCGGUGACCCGCUCCCAGAGGGCAAGCAGGCUGCCGAGGGCCGUUGCUUCACCACGGGUUCUUUUGUUAGAGGGUCGUCAGUCGGGUUGAGGGCAAAUAGCCGUUUGCAUCCCGAGUUCACUAAGACCUUGUGCGCAUUUGUGAAUGCCGAAACGCAACCGGAUUUCGUGUGCGGCGCCGUCGCCAUCUUUGAGCAAUUUCGAGUAUGCCGUCACAGAGAUGCGAACAAUCUUCCGAAUUCGCUUAAUUUCGUUUACCCGCUAACACAGUUCUCAGGUGGCCAGAUUCGUUGCUUCACUGCUGAUGCUCAGGCUCCGAAACUCUUGUCAUUCGAGGGUGGCCCAGUCUACUUUGAUGCCAGGUCAUGCGAGCAUGACGUGUGCGAGUGGAAGGGCAAGCGCAUCGUAUUAGUUGCCUUCAGUACUCGUGGUGCCUGUGACUUACGUGCCCAGGAUAGAGAUUUCUUGAACAAUUUAGGUUUCAGGCUCUCGAGGCCAGGAUUUAACAAUUUGCAUUUGCAGUCCGGAUUUGACUGGACGCCAGAUCUUGAUGAGACGAGCCCUUCUGAGAAACGCGUUUUGGCCAUUUGUGAUGCAACGCCUGAGCCAGGCCCCGUCGGCAUUUUGCCGCCUCCCCGCCGUUACCGCUGUCUCAACCUUCGCCUGGAGCCCAGUGCCAAUCUGCCCAGUUGCCUGAGCCGCGUGAGCAGCCUCUCCAUGCUGCUUCAGCCUCCGGUUUUGGCCGUGGAUGGCCCUCGCAACAAGCAUAAACCUUUGCAUCAGGUGUGGACUCUGGAUCUCACAGUCAAGCAGUGUCAGGAUGUGUUGGUGCAGCGCCUUCUGCAAUCACCAGUCAUGUUGAUGCACAUCGCACUGCCGUGCGGUACGGGCUCCCGUGCAAGAGAGCGCCCUCUGCCUGCGCACUUGUUGGCAGCUGGGGCGCCUCAGCCGAAACCACUGCGCUCCAGCGAUCAUGUCUUGGGCCUGCCGGAUCUUUCCCACAGCGAUGAGGCUCGAGUGCAAUCUGCAAAUCUUCUUGCCAAGUUCACGGUGAAGUUGCUUGCGUUGUGCCACGAGAAAGGCUGGCAUGUCUCAGUUGAGAAUCCAGUCCGAAGCUGGAUGUGGUCGGUGCUGGCCCACUUCACGCGUGAGCACAGGUCACCAACAUUGGCAUCGUUCUUCAAUGACCUUCAUCAUGUGGAUUACGCGCAGUGCAUGCUGGGCGGUGCUCGUGACAAGGUUUCUCGGCUGCUCACUUCCAUGCAAGCCUUGUGCCCACUGGCUUGCGAGUGUGAUGGGCAACAUGCCCACCUGCCCUUUGCAGUAGCUCGUUCAGCAGGCCGCUGGAGUUUUGCUACAGCCUCGGAAGCCGAGUACCCGCCAAAACUGUGCAGUGGAUUCUGCCGCUUAGUUAGUGGUUCCCUCCCCGGUAGUCCUGCUCCUUUACCCAGGCCGACGGUGCGACAAACACGCCGUGCACCGCAGCUCAUCCCCGAGUUUAAGGAGUUUAGGGAUUCUAGGCCUGCUCAGGGUGAGUUUCGCGAGCUUGUUCGUGACGGGGGCAAGGACGGAAGCUGCUCAACUUUCGGCAUAUUUCACACAAAGCAGGAGUUUACUCACAAAGCCCUCAAGCUCGAUCAUCCCUUUAACGAUGCAUCAGCAAUCGACGACAACACCAGGAGGAACAUUUUUGAUCUUCUUACCAAAGGCCUUUCGUCGGUUGCUCAAAAACGCAUCAAUGCAACAAAGAAGGUGAAUCAAAUGGCUAAGGAGCUCGCCACGGAAGAAGCCAGAUUCCACGCUUCAUUACCCCAGCACGCUCAAGAGGUCUUGAGAGGCAAGUGCAUACUGCUUUGGAGAAAGCUGUUGCAGGAGACGGGGUUCCCGGAUGUUUCAGUCGGCGAGCUCAUGGAGGGUGUGAACCUCGUCGGCAAACCAGAUAAGUCACCGCUCUUCGAGUGGAAAGAGGUCCCUGCGACUUCUUCUGUGCAAGAUCUUCUGGACUCAUCUGUGUGGCGGAAUCACGCCCUCCAGAAGCCGCCCGAUGACGACCCGGAUGAUCUUGCAGGCAAGCUUUUGGAGUGCACGCUUCAGGAGGUGCAGAAAGGUUUUCUCAAGGGGCCAUACCAAUCUGAAGAGCAAGUCCGUGCCGCACUGGGUGAGGAAACCCUCUGCUGCACUAGGAGAUUCCUGAUCGUCCAAGGAAGUGCGGAUAACCAGAAGUUUAGGCCGAUUGAUGAUCUUCGCGAAAGUGGCAUUAACGCAGCUUUUCAUUCCCUUGAUCGUCUGCGUUUGCACGACGUCGAUUUCUUCAUCACCUUGUGCCGCUUCAUCUGUAAUGCUGUGAACGAAAAGGGUGUUGUCUCGGUUCUCCUCCGGAGCGGAGAACGGCUCCAGAAAAGGAUCAGCCCUGAUUUCGGUCGCGAUUGCACCUGGGUAGGCCGUUGCCUUGACUUGGAGAAAGCUUACAAGCAAGUGCCUUUGUCAGCGGAAAGCCUCCGGUUUGCGGUGCUUCUUGUGCGCGAUCCGCUGACAAACGCACACAACUUCUUCAUAAGCAACUCCCUGCCUUUCGGGGCAUGUGCAGCGGUUUACAGCUUCAACCGAAUCAGCCGCAGUCUACUCCACCUAGCGACCACCCUCCUUGGGGUGGUCGGUGGGGUUUUCUACGAUGAUUUUCCGUUGAUAGAACCGUCCUUGACGGCCAAGCUAUGCACCAUAUCGAUCGAAGCGUUACUCGACUGUCUCGGGUGGCGCUACAGUCGAGACGUCGAAAAAGACAAGCCGUUCUCGAACAAGUUUAACUUGUUGGGAAUCCAGCUCUCGCUUGAGUCGCUUCAUGUGGGCCGCAUUGCUUUGGAAAACAAGCCCUCGGGAGUCGCCAAGCUUCUGCGAGUUGCGCAGCAGAUGUGUGUGAGUGGCGAAAUCUCUCGCGCAGAUGCCAAGUCGUUGCAAGGGCAGCUUAACUUCAUGGUUGGUUUUGCGCCGGGUAGGUCGCUUAAGCUUGUGUGCCGUGCCUUGUCUAACUUCGUUUACGCAAACCGCACUUGGACACAAGACGAAGUCAAGGCGCUGGGGGCUUACCUCAAAAGACUUACGCCAAAGACAAUGUGCUUGAGUGGAGUUUUGCGGCCCCUCGUGAUUUUCACCGACGCUGCCUACGAGAAAGGGGCUGCAACUUGGGGUUUAGUGGUCCUUGAUCCUGCUUCAGGGCGGCGUGAAGUUGCAGGAGGCCAAAUCCCCUCUUCCUUGAUUGAGCUGUGGCAUCAUGACACCGAAGAUCAGAUAAUUGCACAGGCUGAGGCUUUCGCGAUGGUGAUUGCGAGAGAUUACGCAGCAUCUUUCGCCAAGGGCCGUCGGGCUUUCUUCUUCGUCAAUAAUGAGUCUGCUAGAUAUUGCAUGACCCGCGGUAGCAGCCCAGUGAGAGCGCUGCUGGCACUGGCUCACGCCUUAUAUGGAAGCGAGUGCAGAGACAGACUUGUUACUUGGAUAGAACGCGUGCCAUCAGCUUCCAACAUAGCUGACCUGCCUAGCCGUGGCGAGUGCAUGGCCGCAGCAAUGAUGGUAGGAGGUCGUGUCAUCAACAUUGACGGCAUUGUGAGGAUCGUCGCUCAAAGGUGCCUAGACGUCGGUGCUCUACCUUGGAGCCUUCUUACCUGCCACUUCAAGGGCCCAGUUCCUGCCUUUCACCUCUCUUGA